UAUAAAUUCGCAUAAGCCAGAGUUGCUAAGUUUUAAAAGUCAAAGUCUCAGGGUCUGAGUCUCUGCCAUAGCGACCAGGUUUGACCGUAACAAAAUCACACCGUUGGGUUGCUCGGCUUGGCAGCAGAACGCACCUGGAACAAAUUGAGCGAUUUUCAGUCUGUAUUCCCGUGUUUACAUACACUCAUUACUAAUUCCCGAUCUCUUUGGAGAAGUUUUCUGCGCUUUGUUGGGUUGUAGAAUAUCCUUUGGAAGACGCACUAUGUGAUGAAUGCGCGUCUGUUCCCCUCCCCUGCACCUCAUCUCGGAUCAAGUACUUCGGGUUGGAGGUUAUUUUGCUUUGUGCAGAGGAUUCAUACAAAGCUGUCACUCUGUCGCCACGGGCAGAAGUUCCUCUUGUUCGCUCGAACAUGAACCGCCCACCUGGUCGGAGGCUGCAUGAUUUUAAUCAUGUUAGCCUUUGCGUCAAAUAUAUGAUAUUCCUCCUCAAUUUCAUUUUCUGGCUCUUUGGUGGUUUACUUAUUGGCAUUGGACUCUAUGCAUUUGUGGAUAAAUGGCAAGCAUCAGGAUUAGUGAAAGUGGAAACAGUCUAUGAUGUGAUUCUGAACGUUUCACUUGUCAUGAUAUUUGCUGGCGGGGUGGUGUUCGUGGUCAGCUUUGCUGGCUGUGUUGGAGCGUUGAGAGAAAAUACAUGCCUCCUGAAAUUUUAUUCAUUGUGCCUUCUAGUGUUCUUUUUGUUAGAAAUGGCCAUAGCAAUCAUGGGUUUUGUUUUUCCUCAUACAAUGCAGUCAAUGUUAGAAGAGACACUCUCUGACAAAAUAAUUCACAUGUACAGAGAGGAUGCUGAUCUCCAGAAUUUUAUUGAUUUUGCUCAGCAAGAAUUUCAGUGCUGUGGUUUGAGUUCUGAAGGCUACAAAGAUUGGUCCAAAAAUGAAUAUUUCAACUGUAGCUCUCUAGCUAGUGUUGAAAAAUGUGGAGUGCCUUUUAGCUGUUGUAUAAAUGCCACUGAUAUUUCGAGUGGCUUAGUGAAUAUAAUGUGUGGAUAUGGAGUGCAGAAAGACCCUGCUGCUGAGGCAGGGAAACGAGUUUGGGCAAAUGGCUGCAUUGAUGUUGUCCGUUCAUGGGCUGAAAGAAACUUGUACACCAUUGCAAUAAUAGCCCUUGGAGUUGCCCUCUCACAGCUAUUGGUGAUUUAUUUAGCUAAGACAUUAGAAGGACAAAUUGAAUUGCAAAAAUCAAGGUGGCAUUCAUGAGUCAUAACCUACCGCCUCGGAUGAAUUGUGCUCUGAGCAGCAAUUUGCGGUAGGUUAAUUUGUGGCGUUAAAAGAAGAUGGCAUGUAGAUGAAUCUUCAAAUAGUGUUUGAACUUUGAAGACAUCUGAAAACAUCUUAAAGUGUGGAAUGAAGUACUCCAGAAAGGUAUAUUGUCAAGAUUGUUUUACACUCGUAAGGUUUUAAAUUGACUGAAUUUUCUUUUCUUUUAAUACUAUUGUGAUCUUCAACAUGACCUUAUGUGUAUACUCUUGCUUGUGCAAUAUUGCCCGUUUUUACUGAGUCUUUGCUUGGUUUGGCAUUCAAAUCACUCAAAGCACCAGUUAAAUUUCUUGCCUUUCUGAUAUACUUCUGUCAAGUCUGACUCCAGCUUUUAGACUGUGAUUAUCUGAUGUUAGUCUUGUGUUGAGUGGUGAUUUCUUUUUAUUCUGUUGAAAGUUUAUGUAUCCAGACUGGACAGCAGCACAAUUUUCUUUAUGUAAGGAUCUGAUGAGCUUGGUUUAUCGUUAGUGAAAUUAAUGCACAAUGUGGUAAUUUUAGAUUUAUUACGUUUUAGUCCAUCAUUUAUAUGAACUCAUAUAUAAUUGCCUUGUGCUUACAUUUUCAUAUAAAUAAUGAGGCCCUUAUACUGUAUGAGUUAAUAGCCAGUAUUUUUUUAAAAACCUUCUAAUACCUGACGAAUCCUACAGAAUACUUUUCAUAUAUUUUCUAACAGAUCUUUCUUUUGAGGCUUUUUUGCCACUUCCAAUUUAUACCAUAGUCUUAUCACUCAUUUCAUUUUAUUUAUUAUGAAUAGCUUGUGUAUUUCAUCACAUAGAUUUUUAUUUGUUUGUUUUAGUUCUUGGGUUAUGCUUUAGUUCAAGUGUUUUGUGUUGUUUAAAAUCUCUUUUUUAAAAAAUAUCUUAUUGAACUAAGUAGCAAACUGCUUCGCUUUCAGACCAAGUUUACUCAUGAAAGGUCUUAUUUUUUAUUCCAAGGCCCCAGUAAAAUAUUUCCAGAUUACCUUCCAAUUUGAAUUUUAAGUUCUGCUAUUUUAUUAGUCCCACAGGACUUUACAGAUCACUUUCGAAAGAUUAUUAAAUAGUCAUUGGCUAGUUAUGUAAGAAAAUAAAUAGCACUUAAAGAAUUGCCAAUCUAGUAUUACCUAUAUGAAUUUUUGUAUUUCUACAAUUAAUGAAUGUGUUCCUCUUGAUCUGGUUAAGUGUUUCAGAGUUAUCUUGUUAGUUGGGUUGUUUGCACCUCAUACUGUUUCAAAUUGACUGUGAAAGAUUACUGUUGAAUAGAAGAAACUAUUCAGCUAUGAUUCAACUAAAUGACUUCUGUUCCCAAGUCUGCACAGCUCUCUAAGCUCAUUCUAAUUCACUGUUAUUUCAUGUGGGACUGGGCAGGAGCAAAAUCUUGAAAUACUCUGUGGUCCAGUACUAGCUGUUUAUCUGUUUUUUGGUGCAUUCCAACUCACAUUACAUUUCAUGCAUGCAUGUCUCUCCAAUUCUUGUUCAGUGAGGCAGCUUUUUCUUCCUUUCUGUAUUCCUAUCCAUUGAAAAUUACCUGUCUCUUAAGGUAGUGUAUCAAACAGGAGUGAAAAAGUUGGCAUUUGUUUCUCACAUCAGGUGUGCCAAAAUCUGUUAAUGUGAAUCAUUGAAAUUUGUGAUAUGAGAGACGGUACUUGCUAUUGUCAUCAUGUGGGCUUUUUACUAAUGACAUUAAAUACGUGUUUAAAACAAA